AUCCCGCCCUAAACCAGACAAUUUCCCGCCACUUGCCUUCGUCUUCACCAGUCGCCCACAACAAAAAGCUUCUCUCUCUAGGAAACACAGAGAGAGCGAGAGAGUGAAGUUGAAAGAAAAUGGCUACAGAUGAGGAAAUAAAGAACGAGUUUAAAAGAAGCGGCUUUAUUCUUGUGGAAGAAGACGAGAUUCUUAAGAGAUGUGUUACUCUCUGCAUAAAUUACAGUCUUAAGCCUUCUGAUCUUGUUUCAAGUUGGGAACUUUAUCAUCUCAAUCGACAACUUCUUGAUCAAACUGUUAAGAAAGAUGACAUGGAUGGGUUUGUAUUGCAUCUUCAGAAUGAACAGAAAGAAUCUAUUAUGAGAGUGGAAGAAGCUGGUCUGCAUCUUUACUCAAAUAGAGAUGUAGAUAUGCUUUUGGAUGGGGUGCAAGAAGAUACGGAAGAGAUUGUUACUACUCCUACAAACAAGUCUCAACGGUUACAUCCGGAUCCGUUUGAUUCGAUAAGUAGAUCAAGAGAUUAUGGCUAUUCUACUGGGAAGUCAGUUGGACAUGUGACACCUUUUGGGUCACGAAUCGAGAAGUUUGUGGUGAAGUUCAAUGUGGGUAAUGUGGCGGCACAUGCAGAGAAUGGAAACAACAAUGAUGUAGAAAACAGUGAGGAUGAUAUCAUUAAGAGAGUUCAAACCAGCCAGCGGUGUUCUCUAAAAGUCAAUGGCUCAGGCCCUGAACCAGGUUGCAGGUUCAUGUAUGACAGAACUGAGGACAGGUUUAGUGCACUCGAGUAUCGGAUCGUAAGGCAUGCAGAUGCAUUUGCUGCCUCGGGAUUAUAUGAGGAACAGGUGGAUCCGGCUGUUGCUUCACAGAGAAGUAUAUUUGCUGUGGGAAUGAUUUGCUGUGAUGGAGAGGGGCAUUUGAAUGAUAAGUCCAUUCUAUUGCAGAGCAGUGCCGAGCGUACUUCAGGACAGCGUGUUCCAGUGGACUUAAAGAGACUAGAUCAGUUCUCCAUUUUUCCUGGCCAGGUAGUUGGCAUUGAGGGGCAAAAUCCUAGUGGACAUUAUCUCACUGCAUCUAAGCUGCUAGAUUCAGUUCCUUUAACACUUACUGUUGACGUGGAUCUACCUCCUGCUAAGAGGCAAAUCUUGGAUCAGGAAGUCUUAGUUCCUGCAGAAGAAUCCUGUCAAAAAUCAGAGGUUUCAUUUAUAAUUGCAUCCGGACCAUUCACCACAUCAGACAACUUGCUGUUUGAGCCACUGAAUGAGCUACUAGCCUAUGCAAAAAGAAAGCCACCACAGUUACUCGUGCUGCUUGGACCAUUUGUGGAUUCUGAGCAUCCAGAGAUUAAGAAAGGCGCUGUUGAUGCCACCUUUAAUGAGAUAUUCCAAGUGGAAGUCCUCAGGAAGUUGCAAGAUUACGUGGAAUUCAUGGGUUCAGAAGUAAGAGUGGUUCUGGUGCCAUCCAUUCGUGAUGCUAACCAUGAUUUCAUAUUCCCACAGCCUCCUUUCGACAUUCACAUACCUGAUCUCGAACAUCAGAUGACUAGUCUGUCAAACCCGGGGACCUUUGAGGCAAACCAGGUGAAGGUAAGUUGCUGCACGGUGGAUGUACUAAAACAGCUGAGUGGGGAGGAGAUGUCAAAAAAUCCAAGUGGAGUCCCCACUGAUCGCAUGUCCAGACUCGCUAGCCAUCUCCUCCGUCAGCGAAGCUUCUAUCCGCUGUAUCCACCGCCCGAGAGCCUCCCUUAUGAUUCCUCACUCGCUCCUAAGGCGCUACAGAUUUCAUCAAUCCCGGAUAUUCUUCUACUUCCAUCAGACAUGAGGUACUUCGUGAAGAUUUUAUCCCUUGGCGAAGAGGAGGAUGCAGCCAAGUGCGUUUGUGUAAACCCGGGAAGACUUGCGAAAGGAGAAGGUGCAGGUACUUUCGUUGAGCUUACCUACAAAGGCGGUCCAGAAUCGAUGCACGCUUCCAUCAUCUCUAUUUAAAAACAGAACCUGCAACGUUUGCCCAACUCUGCUAAUUCCAUAUAUAAUAGAAGCCUUUGGUUCCUCUCACUUUUCAUGCUACGGUUAGAUGCAAAUGUAAUAUUCAGAUGUAUAGUAUAUCUUAGGCCUGCGA